UGAAUUCUGGAUGUUGAGUUUAGCGCCACUACAGUUGAACUAACUUGAGAUUUGUCCCUUUCUAAAUUUUUGGUGAUGCAAUGUGAAAAUAUUGAGACCGGGUUUUAUUGCAUUCUAAUUUUUUUGUAAAUUUCUUAUUAUUCUUAAUAUUGUUAAUAUUUGUCGACCAAUUAUUUCAUUCAUCAAUAUUAUUUUUGUCUCAUUAUCUUCAUAUUUGUAACAACAUGUACAUCUCUUAUAUUUCCUUUACAUCACACUCUUCCCAGCUGAUCAACACAUAUUCAACCUAAGUCAACCAAACCUUAAAAAUAUUGAAGAGUUUAAUUUAAUUGAUAUUACGAGAUGCUGGAAAGGUUGGUGGCCUGGGUAUUAAACUCUUACAUUGGUGACUACUUUGGUAAUGUCAACACUGACCAGUUAUCCGUUGCCUUGCAUCAAGGUGAAGUUGAACUUGAAGGACUACCUCUCAAAGUCGAGGCUUUUCGCCACUGGGAUUUACCAAUUGAAAUAAAAGCUGGCUUUGUGGGUAAAAUAAGGUUGAAGGUGCCUUUAUAUCGAUUCCGAACUGAGCCAUGGCUAAUUCUGAUGGAGGAUUUGUAUCUCGUGACUGGACCCAUUAAAGAUUUCUCUUACCAUGAAGAUUUUGAGAAAGCAAUACAACAAGAUUACAAAUUGACCUUAUUAGAAGCUUUGGAAAGAAAAUUCCAGUCACAAUAUGAGUCUAAGGAAAGUCAAUCAUAUUAUGCUUACUCAUACUCCAAUUGGUUUUCAUAUGGCUCAUCUUUGGUAUCAUCUAUUAUUGAAAAUCUUCAACUCAAGAUCAAUAAUGUGCAUAUAAGAUACGAAGACUCUUGGUCCAUACCAAAAACACCGUUUGCUUGUGGCUUGGUUAUUUCUUGUAUAAAUGUACAAACUACCGAUGAAAAUGAUUCUAGUGAUGGCUCACCGAAAAAGAGUGGAAUUGCUCGAAAAGCUGUUCUUUUGGAUGGAUUCAAUAUUUAUUGGGAUAAUAAUGUUACUCUUAUAGAUAAUUUAUCGCUAGAAAGUUUAAUUGAUCAAAUGAGGCUACUUUCAGAAAAGCAAGUUGAACCCGAUGGAACUACAAAAGAUCACGAUUACCUUGUUUGCUCUGUAAAUGGAAAAGCUCAAAUCAAGCAAAAUGCUUUUGAUGAUCUCUUCAAAACUGCAGAUAAUUUUAUGCUUGACUUUCAGCUUGAAAAAUUUCCUCUUCGACUAACUCUUGUACAGUAUCGAUUGAUGUUAGAAUGGUCUUCAUUUCUGAAUAGAACUAAAAAACUAUGGAAAUACCGAAGGUGGCGUCCUGUAGGGCUUAUUAAAGAUAACCCUAAAGCUUGGUGGAAAUAUGCAAUUAAUGCCAAUAUGGAUGUUUAUCGUAAAAGAAAGCAAGCCUGUACCUGGAAAUUUUUGAUACAGCGUGUUAAAGAUAUUUUAGAUUACACAGAUAUCUACUAUUCUUACCUAACUGAAAUUGAUUCUCUUACCAAAGAAAUGGAGGAGAUUAAAGAGCGAAUUGAAACAAAUUUAACCUACGAAGAGCUUGCCUGUUUAAGAGAAUUAGUUUUUCACAAUAUCAAAAAGAAUCAAGAAAAUUUAUCUGUGAAAAGAGGAGGUGAUGAAAAUAAUGGAUUUUUUCAAAAUUGGUUAAAUUGGUGGUAUUCGGAAACUGCAACUUCAGACGACUUAGGAUCUGAUCCAGCAGCAAUGUUAGUUGGAGAAACAUCAAGACUAAGCAUUAGUUAUUCAGAAGAACCAGAGGCUGGCAAUAUCGCUGUGAAUUUCCAGGUUCCCCAAUUAGCUUGCGAACUGGUUACUCUUGGAGAGAAUGGUUGUGAUCAGAGUUUAGUGAAAAUUGUUAUGCAAGAUUUUGCUCUAUAUUUUAGUAAAUAUCAUUCUUAUGAAUCAAAAAUCAAGAUAACGUUAAAAAGUUUAAUUAUGGAGGAUUUACUUGUACCUGAUUAUUCAACUCAUCGUUUCAUCAUGUCAUCAGAAGUAUAUAAAGGACCACGUCGUAAAUCAAAAGGCUCACCUGAAAGAAAAUUUGAUUUUCUAUCAACUUCAUGCCCAACCUCACCACAAGAGAUGUCAUUUUCUUGCCUUUCAUCUCAUUUUUCCCUUCCUACUAAACUUCAAAAGUCAAAUAUUUAUCACUUAAUGCCCUAUUCGGUACCUCGUCGGUAUCGACAUAAGAUUCCAUUAUCCAAGAAAAGAAAAGUUUCAAGUGAGGAUAAUAUUGUACCAAGUUGUCCGAGCACACCUCCUUGCUCACCAACAUCAGAUGAUUACUCUACUAAAAAAAUUAGUCAAGUUCAUCAUGAUAUUGAUAAUGAUGAUGAAGAUGACGAUGGAGAUUAUGACAAUGAAGAGCCAGACAAUACUUUGGUAAAAAUUUCUUUUCUUUUUGUCGACGAAAACUCUCCCCUUUUCGAGACAAAGUACAACCGAAACCACCGAUUCGUCAACAUUCAGUUCAACAGUUUAGAGACUAUUAUUAAUCCAGAAACAUGGGCAAAGAUUCUUAACUUUUUUGAACCAUUGCCAGAAAAACGAUCACGUUACGAGUCAGAGCUUGAUCAUGUCGGAUUAAAGGCUUUCUUUUUAUCUUCAAAUUCACCUUCACAAGAUCAAUCCUCCUCAGAAUCUGGAUCAAAAUUAGAAAUUGAUAGUAAAAUUGACUUGACCAUUAGACGUCUAUCGAUUAUUCUCAACAAACCUGAAGAUCAACCUCUUGCCAAAGCCAACAUUCAUGGGUUUUCAUGCUUCUAUUCCAAAUAUAAUGGAAAUGUUUUGAUGGAAGGGAAACUGAAAAAGCUAUCGAUCCUUGAUCUUACCCAAUUUAAUGAAAUUUACCGAGAAAGAUUCAUCACAUCUGGGAAAGAAGCUCUCAAUUUUACUUUCUUCAAGUAUGGCCAAGAAGAUGAGACCAUGAAACGAGAAUAUGACAUGAAUUUGCGAAUUCAAAUGGCCUCCGUUCAAUAUGUCCACACUCAAAGGUUUUAUACCGAAACUAUGCAUUUCUUGAAACAAUUCAACAUUCUUCAACUUAAAAUCAAAGCUCUGUCAGCUCCAGAAGUGUUAAUGAAUCUUCACCGAUCAACUAGAAUUUCCUUGGAUAUAAAAGCAGCAGCACCAGUCAUUAUAAUUCCUGUUCAUCAUUUAUGUGAAAGUGUAUUAGUUGCUGAUUUUGGUCAGCUAACUGUGACUAAUAAGUUCUUAUAUGCUGGUUCACCGGGAACUAUUGGAACUGUCUGCAAAAAAUCCGGUUUAACUCAAUCAGAUUUGGUUGCUGCCUCUGUUAGAGAAAAAUAUGGUGUUAUUACUCGUGUUUCUUCUCAAUCAUUAGUAUCAGGCUAUGUUCGUCUUUUAGAGCCUAAACCAUGUUUGCUGGAUGUAAUUGAUGUACAACUUCCUGAAAUGGAUCUGUAUUCAGGAUUUGUUGUGAGGAAGAAAUACAACCCGAAAACUAAUAAGUAUACUGAUGUAAAUUAUGAUGAGAACUAUGAGGAAGGUGUUUUAGAUUUUCCCUCUUUCCGUGUUAAACGACUUCCUGGUCGUAUUUUGAAAGAAAGGUUCAUUUUCUCUUUACAAAUAGAACGAAAUUUGGAGGCAGAAUUCAAUCAUUCUCUACCAGACAUUUCAAUGUUAGGUAAAGUGUCGGCAGUUCGAUGCACUAUAGAUUCUCCAAGAUAUCAACUUAUCCGAGGAGUAUUGGAUAACAAUUUGGGUGAACCAAUGGACCAUAUAGCACCACACCAACCUAUUAUUGAAGGAGAGGGACUCAACAUUCUUUUGCCAAACCGUAUUUGGACAUCAAUGGCCAUACAUUUGGAUCUCAAAAAUGUUUCACUCGAGAUUGUCGAUGGCUCAAUGGAUUAUUCGUCAAAUCAGAACAGCAUUGCUCGUAUAGAUUUUCUUUCUUCACGUCUCUCUAUCGAAAGUUUCACCGAUUCGAGCAAAGACAUCGAUCUUGUUUCUCAAGAGAUUAAAAUAAUAGAUGCUAGAUAUCUUAAUCGAUGCAAAGAGGAAUCUCCAAAUGUUUUUCCCGGUAUCCUUCAACCAGCUAAGAAAGGUCUAUCAGCUACACCAUUACAAGUUGAAAUUCAUUAUCGCAGUAAACGGAAUCAUGUUUGCUUAACAAUUCUUCUAAACAACAUGAGAGUUAUGGCAAUAUUUGACUGGUUCAAAGAGAUGAGUGAUUUUUUAUCUCAACCUAUCAACUUUCAAAAGACACCAACAGCAUAUUUUCAGCAAACUGCCAAUUCUAGUUAUGCAAACCAACUAUUGAAUGUCGAUGAAGAUCGUUUACCAGAUUUUGAGCUUAAGUUCAAUAUAACUGACACGGAGCUUGUUGUAGUAGAAAACUGUUCAAUAGAAGAUACAAAUGCUGUAAUCUUAAAAGGAACAGCGAUUCUCAAUUUAGCCACUGAUUUAACCCAUCCUGAACCCUUCAACUGUACCCUUGAAGGAGUGGAAGUUUUCUCCUGUGUUCUUGGAGUAGAAGAAGAAACAGCCUUGUCUAUCGUGGAUCCACUUAAUGUAACAAUUGAUAUGGCACCCAAAGUUAUUCACCAUCCGUUUACUAAAAAAGAAACUGGUCAUAGAGAAGAGGUUGUUCUUGUUUUCGAUGUCUCAGAGAUUAGUUUGCGUCUUUCUUAUAAGGAUAUUUUUCUUUUCACCAAAAUACUUAAUUCUCUUCCAACCCAGACCAAAGUUCUUUCCAAAUCAUCUUCAUCUCCUAAACAUAACGUUAGUAAUGACCCAUUAAAUAAUUUAAAUGAUUCUGUCUACGCCUUACCACCUCACAUUAGUCAACUUCAGAGCAUGGGCUUCAAAGAGUCAGAGUGUAUUCAAGCACUGGAAAACUGUAAAGGAAAUAUCAACGAAGCAGCUAUUUGGUUAACUCAUAGUGUCCGUUCCCCUUCUAGUCUUUCACCUACAGAUGAAGCGCUUUCGAUUAUCCGUCCAGCCAAACGAGUCAGUCGAUUUAGUAAAUUUAAUUUUGAAACUAUUAGCUUGCAAAUUGGUUCUUGUAUAUUUUGUUUGAUUGACGAUUGUAAAGAUACUGAUGUACCACUGUUUGAGGUUCGUUUUACUCAUAUUGAUUUGUGGCAAAAAUUUCGCACUGAAUUGAUGGGAUCAGCUAAAUUUGAAAUGACAGGAGAUUACUUUAAUAGAGCUUUAUCAGGAUGGCAACCGAUUCUGGAAAAAUGGCAAACAUCAAUCGGAUGGAAUUUAGAAAAGGAUGAUAAAGAUUGCCUUAAAAAAUUAUCCGUUGAAAUUAAUUCAUCCGACUCUCUCAAUCUUGUAAUAACCAACACUUGCCUUGAGCUUUACAAAUCUGUUUUCACCUCUUGGAUUGAUGAGUACAACUUACUUUCUCAACAAAAACAACAACCAGUUCGUCGCCGAUCCCCAUUCAUUCCGUUUGCCAUAAAAAAUGAGAGUGGCUGUGAUAUGAGAUUUACGUUGGUAACAUCAAAUGUUGGUGAACAUUUAUCAUCAACAAUGGAUAAUAAUGCCACUUUUUCAUUUGGACCUAUCAAUAGAAAGGGAUUCAAUAUCAGUUCCUCAAAGAUAAAAUCAAACAAAGGUUGGGUUGUCGUCAAAGCAAACGCUAUCGUACCAUUUACUUUUGAUGGCCCAGCUAAAGCUCGACAUCAAGACUCACAUCUAUUGAAGUCUCAUAAAAUUGUUGUUCAAAUUGACGGUUGGCAGCCAAUUUUUCCCGUUUCCGUUGACAAAGUCGGUAAAUACUUUCGUGAAGCUAAGCCAGAAAAUGUUCGAUAUGAAACAGCUCGAAUUGUUUUUGAUAUAACCCUGGAGAGUAAUGCUCGAAAAUUGAUUACUGUACGCUCAGCUUUAAUGUUAUACAAUGGCACCAAUAAUUCCAUGGAGGUUAAAUUCGGUACUUUUAGUGACUCUUCAAUGUACGUUAUGCCACAAACUGUUGUACCAGUCCCGCUUCAUCUCAUCAGAAGUAAAAUCUUUGCUCGUCCAUGUGAUAUUGGUGUAAACAUGUGUGAAACUCCAAUAAUUUGGGAACAUGUUCGCCGAAUGAGUGACGCUUCUUCAGAAUUACUGAUUUGCACUCCAAUAACCAUUACAAAAGAACAACAUAGUUCGUACACUGGCUCUCCAAUCUACAAAUUUGUUUCAAGUGUGAGUCGAGAAAAUUUUCCAACAGAGGAACGAUCAAAAGGAACUGGAUUCCGUUCUAGCCGUGUUCUGCCUGCUCAUCAGAUCUCUUUGUUACCACCUUUACAACUUUGUAAUCUAUUACCGUUUGAAUUGCGUUAUCGAGCUAAAAACUAUCCAGAAGAAGGCUCAAUCAAGCCCGGCGGAACAACAUCGCUUCAAUACAUUGACACAAGUAAAGAAUUCUCACUAAGCUUUAAUUUGGACAAUUACCCGAAAUGUUCUCCACUAGUCAUUGGACCGAAUUUUAUCAACGAUUUCCUUGCUAGAAUAGAGUUAUUUGAUAAAAAGGAUCGCCCUCUCAAUUUAUUGGCUCAAAUAUCAUUGAACAAUAAUAGUCCAUAUGCUAUUUCAAUCAAUAUUUUGUCUCCUUUUUGGUUUGUCAAUAGAACUGGUUUACCACUAAUUUUGAAGCAGGAAUCUGCGGAUAAAGAAGCCAGCGGUCAAUUUGAAGAACAUGAGAUUGCUCGAAGUAUAUCACCUCUUCUCUUCUCUUUCUAUGAGCCUGAAUCAUCGUUUGCUUGUGUCAUGAGACUUGGAAAGUCAUUUGGCCGAACUCGUUGGUGUAAUCCAUUUUAUUUGCAAAAAGGCACAACUGUUAGAAAACUCAGAAUAGCCUCAAGUGAUCCUCGUAGACCUGAUAAAGUAUAUGAAAUUGGUAUUGAAGUUCGUCCUGGUAAAGGCCGUUAUCGAGAUACUUAUGUUGUGACACUCUCGCCCAGAUAUCAGAUUGAAAAUUCAAGCUCUUUUAGCUUGGAAAUAACGCAAAAAUAUGCAACAUUAUCUGAAUCUGAUAGCAAAGAAAAUUUAAUCUCUGUUCUGCCCAAUUCUAAUGUUGCCUUUCACUGGCCACGGAGUGAUCAGGAUCGUCUUGUUUGUGUUCGUCUUGCCUCUUUAUCUAACGGCUGUCAUUGGUCAGGUGGAUUUGCAGUUUCAAAUAAUUCAUCUUUCUAUCUUAAUGUUCGUGACUCCCAGGGUAAAUCUCAUUUCAUUCGUUUGGAAAUUCUGGCUCAAGGAGCAACAUCAUUCAUCAUCUUUAGUGACCCAGGAAACCUUCCGCCGCCUAUUAGAGUAGACAAUUUCUCUGAAGUUCCCAUUGAAUUUUAUCAGACCAAUACUUCUCAAGCAUGGAUGAAAACAACUGUGAAACCUAAAUCAUCGGUUCCCUAUGCUUGGGAUGAAUCAACCUUAAAGCCUCAUCUAACUGUAUCUGCACCCGGUGGUUGCUCUGCAACUUAUGAUCUCAACUCUCUUCGUCCAGGAGAUAAUCUUUCCUAUGAAAACUUUUUCUACAUUGCCUUUUCAGGCACAUUUCUUUCUGUCCAAGAAUCAGAAAACGAUGUUUCUGUUCAACAAUUUGACGAUCAAGACAUUAAAUCUAUGCAAUUGGUUCUCGAUGUGCCUGAGGGUAGUCGCAAAGUGAUAAUUAACCGCAAAGAACCUGGUAGACGAUCUCAAUUAUGGCGCAUGGAUCAGUACCGUCGAUUAUUACAUGAAGGAUCAUCACCUCCUAAAGAUCCUCGCAAAUCGGGCAGUAAAAAUGAAGGAGUAUCUUUUGUUCUUGACAUCGAAGCUCAUUGUGCUUAUCCUGGUCAAUAUUCAAGUUUAGUUUUGAGAAGCAUCGAUAAUAAACGAAGUCUCACUCAAUAUUGGAACUUUACUCAAGACGGAAGACUUAGUUGUGAACAUCCAGGUCUUUAUGUGCAACCUAAAGAUGGUUUCCUUGGUUUAUUUAUUGGAAAUGAUGUUGUCCUAGGACCACCUCAGCCAAUCACAUAUGCAAAAUUUUCUAAUGGAAUUCCCUUCGAACAAGCCUUAUCAACUCAAAAGAUGCGCAAAGGGUCUGGUCUAUUAUCGGUUCAAGUUUGCACUGAUGGACCCUCUCGAGUCUUACAGGUUAUGGAUGUUCGUAAUAUACCACCAAGCUCUUCUAGGUCUACUUUACGAUCAUCAAACAUACCAUCGAUAGCAGCAUCUAAAAGUCGUGCCUCUUCGGAAAGAACGAAAAUUGAAUUCAAUAUUGUUGUAAAACCUUCGAAUGUUGGCUUUUCCCUUGUCAAUCAGUAUAAUGAGGAAAUAGUGUAUUUAUUUUUCAAUGAAGUUGUCUUAGAAUAUCAAUACAAGGUAUUCGAGCAUCGUAUAAACUGUUCAGUCAGAUAUUUUCAGGCUGAUAAUCAGAUAAUUGAAGCCGAAAAACCAGUGAUCUUUCAUACGAUGGAAUUGGAAGAAAAUAAUCCCUUAUCUGGACUUCCAGCCUUACAUAUUUUUAUACACAAAUUAAUUCUUCCUAAAGUUGAAGCUCAAUUUUUCGAGGAUGUUCAAAUUACCAUAAAGGAUAUUGGUUUGAAUCUUGAAGAACUUUUGAUGUUGAAAUUUUACGAAUUUCUUGGUUAUCCAAAACUGGAAUCUGAAUCAGAGUUGGUUGACGAUGAAAAGGAAGAUCAAAAUGUUCACAAAGCGAUUACUUCAGCAAUUGCUAAAUCACCGCGACUUUACUUUUCAAAUCUUCAAAUUAAAUUGGACAACGUGAAACUUAGUGUUCUUACAUCUAGUCAUUUGCCUCCUAAAUUGUCACUAAUUAAGAAAAAACUGCGUUUACGUUUGAUACGUUUUGAAGAUGCAAAAAUUGGCCUUUUGCCGUUCCGUAAAAAUUAUUCCCUGGAAACAUUUAGAUUUUUAAUCGAAGGAAUUGUUAGUCAUUAUCAUCGACAAUUAAGAGGUCAAGCUGCCAAAAUUUUAGGAUCGUUUGAUUUUCUUGGAAACCCAUUAGGAUUUGUUAAUGAUGUAACUGAUGGCUUAUCUGAAUUAAUCAAUGAAGGUAAUGUUGGUGGACUCAUCUUGAAUUUGGCUCAUGGCAUAUCCGACUCAACGGCUAAAUUUACUUCUGUUUUAUCGGAUGGACUUGGUGUAGUAACCAUGGAUGAUCGUCAUCAAGAAAUCAGAAAAAGAAUAAAACAUGAAUCGAAUGACCAUUUAAAGGCUGGAAUCAAAGGUUUAGGUGUUGGUAUUUUGGGGGGCUUUACCAGUAUAAUUACACAAACAUAUGAAGGUGCAGUGAAUGAAGGAGGAGUUGGUGGUUUCUUCAGUGGUUUUGGUAAAGGACUUUUAGGUACGAUAACUAAACCCGCCGUAGGGAUGCUUGACUUCGCUACUAGUGCAGCAAUUGCUGUUCGUGACACAAGUCGAAAAAUUUCUAACACUUCAUGGUCCCAAGUACGUAGAAUCAGGCCGCCUAGACAAAGGUUCUCAGUUCAUGGUCCGGGUUCACUUUUGCCACAUUACUCUCUUGAACAAUCAAGAGGACAAGAAUUUUUCUACAAAUCAACCAUGUUAAACGAUAAAGACGAUGACGAGCUUUUCAUUAGUUUCAAAAUGCUUCGAGCAGAUGCAGCUCUAUUCAUUUCAAGUCAUAAAAUUCAUUUGAUUACAUGGACUGAGAAUCCGGAUGAUCGUGGAAAAGGACAAAUAUCAGUUAGCUUUGAAUUCCUGCAAAGAUGUGAAACUGCUACUCAAUUCGGAAGUCCAACAGGGACAUCGUCUCGUUCAUAUUUAGUUUUAGUGGUUACUGAUGAAAGCUGUCCACAAUGUUAUGGAAGUUAUCACCAACUAGCUGAACUAGGAUCAACAAAGCCCAAGAUACGUUGUCAAUCUGAACAACUAGCCACUGAGGCUACACAGCUUAUUAAUUUUGCAAAAGCAUCGUACCAAGAGAAUCAUUAUAUCAUUCUUUCUUAAUGAACAAUCUGGAAACCAACAAUUUUUCCGCAUCUCAUCCUUCUCCAUCUUCCUCUCGCUAUCUUUUUCUAAUAGUAAUAUUUUUCUAGUUACUUUGGAUUGACAGUUCAAAUGAAUGGCUUCUUUGUUUGCAAUUUUGGAACUUUAAACACUGUAUGAAUGUCUGAAUAAAACAUAAUUUUUGACUCUUCAA